AUGCAUUUUCGACAAACACUUACAGCCCUGACAGGCUUGGUUUCGUCAGUGGUAGGAGCGCCGGCCCCUAUUGACCACAGCACAACGUCAAGGGGGAAGCUCAAGAACGCUACCAACGAUGAGAAGCGAUCUCUUUUUGACACCAUUCUUCCUCCCCUCGGGAAUCACAACAUCAUCCUUCCUGGGGCAGGUCUCAAUGUUCUCAUUGGCAGCGCCAUCAGCCAACUUGCUCGGAUUGCUGAGCUAGAGCUGGCGGCGCUGAUCGGAUCACAAUUCGCCUUGGCUAUUCAGCUUGAGACAAUCAAAACCAACAUUCGUAUCAAUCAUUUCAGGGCCCAGUUCCCACACGUGGUAUGUUCUCUUCGGUACUACUCAAGUGUGCUACUAACUUCUUCCCCCCAGAACUGCGUCAUUAUUUGUGUAACAAACGUUCUAGAUCAACGAGAUCCAAACAAAAUCAACAACCGCUACCUUCUCAACCAGCUCCGUAUCGACAACGGCUUCCCAGACAAGGAGCUACUGAUCAUGGUCACCGACUCCCAGCAAAUGACCAUUGUUCCUACCCCCACACCAGUGACGGACUUUUCCCAGAACCCAGUCAACUCUGUCAUUCCAGACCUAAACCUCAGUCCAAUCAUCAUCAACAACAACAACUUGACACAAGCAGACACCCCUCCCUCCUCUCUAACUGACACCACCGCUUCCCUCGAAUCGGAAUCAACCCUCUUCCCCACGACCACCACCCUCCCAGACAACACAAACAACGCGGCCCAACCGACCUCUUCCCCCAUCUCCCCCAGUCCAACUCAACAGCCAGCCUCCUCCCUCGAUCUCGGCUCUUUGAUCCAGCCUACCCCCUCACCCCAACCCCGUGGCAACUCCCCUCGCCAGAUCAACCUCGUCAACCUCCCAGCAGACCUCUCCUCCCUCCCCAACAACGACAACCUCGAUUUCACCCACCUCCUGAACCAAUCCCUCCUCCUCCCCUUCGGCAUCACUGCCCCGACGUUCGGGUCAUCGCUGGGUUUGGUGCUGGCAGACCCAGCAGCUAUUAUUUUGCCAGGGCAAAAAGAAAUAUUUGUCGACACGCUGGCUAGUCUGCAGGGUAAUUGCCUUGCUUUGCAGUUGGGCCUGGGGAAUACGGGGCUAGGUCUGGGGGGGGUAGGGUUUGAUGGGCAGCUGUUUGGGAGUUUGGAGGAGUUGGUUCAGGCGGGAAUGGGGGUGUUGGUCGGUGGUGGCGGUGGGUUGAAUCUGGGACAGCCGGUGAUUCCGCCGGGGGUUAUUGCUGCGAAUCCGGAUUUGGCGGAUGAGGGGGGUGUUGAUUUGGUUACGACUGUUACAGAGGAGCUGGGCUCGACUGAGAGUGACACGGCUACGUUGACGGAUGUUUUGAUGGGUACAACAACCACGGCGGAGGAUGUGGCGACAGGGACGGAUACUGCUACUGUUACGGAUGGGCCGACGGCCACUGAGGCGGGUGUUGCUACGUCGACGGAGGGUGAGGUUGAGGAGACUGCUUCUGCUCAGGCUAGGGUCAGCAGGAGGAGGAGGGCAUAG